CAACUGAUACGGAUAGUGGCCAGCUCCACAUGAACACACAGUUAAGAUCAUGAAGACAAAUUAUGUAAAGUUGUACACGAUAACUUGCAAUCUUUUCUCACUUUGUCAUUGAUGGUCUUGAGCAAAUCCUGUCUAAGAUGGUUUCUUGGCCUCCCGCAAUACAAUACGUCUUGGUGACUGGUGCCACCGGGUUUAUUGGUGCACAUGUUGUCGACCAACUUCUGUCGCGUGGUAUCAAAGUCCGCGGGGCUACUCGAUCAUUAUCCAAGGGGAAGGCCAUGAUUGAUGUGAGGCCUGAGUUUCGAGAGAAGCUUGAUUUCGUUCAGAUUGGCGACUUUGAGAACCCGGGAGGAUUUGUGGAGGCUAUUCAGGACAUCGACGCCGUUAUUCAUGUGGCAAGUCCUUUCACUUAUGACACCAAAGACAAUGAGAAAGAGUUGAUUAUACCAGCGAUCAAUGGUGUUGAUUCUAUCCUCAAAGCGGCGGCUACUUCGCCGAAAGUAAAGCGCAUCGUCAUCACGUCUUCCUUUGCAUCCGUCCUUGAUGCUGGGCGCAAGGCACCACCGUACUUCACUUACACUGGCGAUGACUGGAACCCUCUGUCAUACGAAGAGUCGGUCGACCCUGAAACAAGUGCUGUAAUAGCAUACCGUGGAUCCAAAAAGUUUGCAGAACUCAAAGCUUGGGACUUCAUCGCUAAAGAGAAGCCCUCCUUCGACCUGGUCACCCUUUGCCCGCCUAUGACGUUUGGUCCCAUACGGCAUCCCGUUACGAAUGUCGACGCGCUGAAUGAGUCAAACAAGAUGCUCUUCAACAUAGCCAGCGGCGAAACUCCGCUCCCAGUUGCCAGGGUAUCAUUCUGGAUCGACGUUCGCGACCUUGCCAAAGCUCACGUCGAGGCACUUUUGCGGCCUGAGGCUGGCGGAAAGCGGUAUAUUCCAGCGUCUCCUGAGAGAUUUACAUACAGCAAGGCCGCCAGCAUCAUUGGGUCGCAUUUUGCCUGGGCGGCAGAUAAUGUGUCGAAAGAGGUGCAGGCUCCUGAUGAAUCUCAUGGGGUGGAUGGGGAGACGGCUGGUCGGGAAUUAGGUCUUGAUUACAUACCUUUUACAAGGACUGUUAUCGACUUGAUCACGCAGGUAAGGGAUAUGCAAAAGUCAUGAUUGUUCGAACUGAGAAGUAUGGCACUGGAUUGUGGAAACUGGCCGAAGGCAGCAGGUAUAGUUCCGCCGAUGGUUGUCAUUGUCUUGCAAGAUUUCACCAGGAUCUCUUCCCUAAUGUUAUCCCAAGCUUCUUCCAAAUCAAAGAAAGAGGCUUCUUAAAUGCGAUAAUGCAAUCUAUUUAUGAGUUCUAUUCAUACGUGAUGCAUUGUAAUAUGUCUCAAUAACUAUGAACUUUUCGCAUAGCACGC